AUGGCGGUCGCGGCAAGGGUCGCGGAUACCCGGCCAACACCGAACUUCAUAUCUGUGAUGAGUCGCACUCGCGAGGCUCUCCCGCGGUUGCUCCGCGGUAUAUCAGAUGAGUAUGAGGUGAAUUUGAUCGGCGGUUAUGGGAUAUCGCGUAUUGAUCGCAAACACUCGUCAUCCAAAUCAUCAGAUCCAUACGAAAGAUCGAUAACUUUCGGAAGCGCAACGACGGAAUCAGACGAACAAAACGAGAGAAAAGCGCCCACUGCAGCCAGCGCAUAUCCUACAUAUACGUAUCGUGCCACACCAAGAUGGUUGCAGGAAGCUGAGCUGAUCUUGGAACUUGGCGCAGCAGCCUUGGCGAUGCAACCGCUUGUCGGUAACAAUACUAUUGAUCUCUGUCAGUCUGUGUCAGAUCUGCCAUUGGGACAGUACGCAACCCAAAACAUGGAUAAACUACCAAUAGAGGUUCUCCGGUUGAUAUGUGGUUAUGUACAGGCUGAUGACCACGAAGACUUCUCUUCUUGGACUCUUGUGAACCAUUGCUUUCAUGAGGUUGCAGUUCCGUUCAUCUAUGAAACUCUGAAUGUGAGGUUCUCAGACUACACGUCUCUCCAGCACAUUGUGACGGAGAUUAAGGAAAAUCCUCGUCGGAAACAAUUUCUCACUCAUGCAAGACGCCUUAAUAUUAUGGCAAUGCCAGAUAAUGGUUACCAGGAAGUCUUUGAUUUGGAUAGCCUUAGGGGCUCUUAUAACAUUUUUGGUCUUGAUGAGGAUCUUAGGGCUCGGGACCUGAUACCUGAUACAUUUGGCUCUCCAGGAUUUUUCUUCAAUAGACAUCUGUCUGAACCUUUAAUACAGACUUUACGUGCUUGGCGAGAGCCAGGAUACUAUAAUGAGAAGAACUGGGAACCUUUGAUAUGGUUGAUAGGCAGUAUGUCGCGCUUAACAGAGAUGAAUUAUCUGCUCAAAAACAUGUUCCCAAAAUGCCUUCUUGAAGUGAUCCACAAACACCACUUGACCUGUCAAUUGAACGUCUGGGGCAGACAAUGGUUGCAGCUUCGAGAACCAGGGCUCGAAGGAUUUUUAUCAACACCUAACGUGGUACCGGAAUUGAGGGAUCCCUUUGAGAUGGACCUUCUACGAUCACCUUGUCUACAUGCGCUUUUAAUAAACUAUAAUGUCUACAGACUCGCAAAAACUCAAGUGGCGGUUGAGAACAUCUUCCCUUUAAUCACAAUGGCACCAAAUCUCAAACAUAUAGAUUUAACGGAGGGUGCUGUUAGCGAAAUGAACGACAUCACGAAAUAUAACCAAUCUUUGGACGAGUAUGUCAGCAAAUCGAAGUUCUUGGCCAGUCCAAUUUCCUUGAGACACCAAGGUUACUGCUUCGAUUCUCUCAAGGAAUGGGCUAAGUCGACGGACUUCUCUUCUCUGCGAGCAUUCGAGUUUCCCAACUCAUACUUUCCACUCGAGAUCUUGAAUCAGCUUUCCAAGUUCCCACAACUGGAUUAUUUACAUCUCGGUCUUCAAAGUCCUUUUGGAAUGGCGCAAGAUCCAAGCUUUGCAAGAGAUCUGAGUUCUCUGUUUGCUGGUCUGAAUCCGCUCAAGUAUAUUCGCGUUUGCUGUCCUCAAGAUACAGCUAUCAUCCAUGAGAUAUUUGCUCACCAUGGUCGAACGUUACGAGGAUUUAUUAUUGAACCAUACAUGCCUCCCGGUCGAAAGGCCCAUGAGAAACACCCGUUAUAUCCUCUAUUCAGCACUUUUGACCUUGUCAGCCUGAGCAGACAAGCGCCUCAUCUUGAAGAAUUCCGGCUUCCACUCAGACGUUCUUUGGAUCUGGACUGCAAUUUUCGCGAGAGCAUAGCCAGAGACUAUAAUCAAUUCUCUGAGCAGAAUGCAGAAUUACCAACCCGUGAUGUUUUCAUCAAUGCCGCGAUGGAUGAGACAUUGGGCAAGGCGAUCUGGGAUAGGAUCGAUCUAAGCGGAGGGGGAAAGCGCCUAAGGAAUCUCCGCAUCUCAAUUCUUGGGGUCUCCAGCUUGAGACGGGCAGAGGGUGAGAUUGCAAGGCGCCUAGCUCGCCAAUUUCUGAUCACUCGAUCGAUGUCUUACGUGGGUGGCCAUAUGAAGAUAAGGGAAAUUGGACAAGGCCGAAUUGAAUCACAAACCGCAAGGCAGCUGGAAUAUGAUCAAGACGAAGUGUUUGAACUGCCGAAGAGAGUCCAAGAGAUUGUUUUCUCCCUUUGGCCCUCUGAAACAGAGCAGUUUACGUGGGAUUUCGAGUGGAAGAGCUUUCCGCUUCAAGUGGAACUUGCGCUCGAUAGUUGA